AUGACAGUACUAGCUCGCCAUCUCCGCUCAAGAUGGCCCCCACGCAAUGCGCCAAUAUUUGCAAGCCGUCCGAGCAUAUAUGCUCCAUCUCUACAUUACUUGCGACGGGAGCUGCACGGCUUUCAUAGGACCCCCCCUCAACUUCGGGAAAAGGCCGAAAACCCGAGCAGCGAUCUUAAGAUAAACGAUUUGGAAAGGGCCAUUGAAGAUGAUUUUGCGACUAUUAGAGGGAAAUAUGCUACGCCUAAAUACCCAAUCGUGCUUGCCCAUGGCUUGAUGGGCUUCGACAAGCUCAAAUUUGCCGGCGACUUCAUCCCCGGUGUCGAAUACUGGCGCGGAAUUGUAGAAGCACUCGAGGCCAACGGCGUGGAAGUUAUAACCGCCUCGGUCCCUCCAUCUGCCAGCAUUGAAGAGCGCGCUCUCAAGCUAGGACAGGAUAUUGCGCGGAAGGCGAAUGGCAGGAGUGUCAAUAUUAUUGCUCACAGCAUGGGAGGACUGGAUGCGCGAUAUAUGAUCUCGCGCCUCAAGCCCGAGAAUGUCGAGGUACUGUCCCUGACAACCGUUGCGACGCCACAUCGCGGGUCUGCCUUUGCGGACUUCAUGUUUGAGGAGAUAGGCCCGAAGAACCUACCGACACUGUACAAGAUAUUCGAGGGCGUGGGACUAGGAACAGGGGCAUUCAGCCAACUAACAAGGAAGUUCAUGAUCGAAGAGUUCAAUCCGAAGACGCCUGACAAGCCUGGCGUACAGUACUUCUCCUACGGCGCGGACGUGCACCCGAGUUUCUUUAGCGCGUUUAAGCAACCGCAUAAGGUUGUGGAGAAGAUGGAGGGUCCGAACGAUGGGCUGGUGAGUGUGGGGAGCAGCAAAUGGGGCACGUAUAAGGGGACGUUGGUGGAUGUCAGCCACCUGGAUCUCAUCAAUUGGAGCGCGAUCAGGGUGUUCAUGGGCAAGAUCAAUGGGGGGAAGAGGAGGUUCAACGCUAUUGCGUUCUAUCUUGACAUCGCCGACAUGCUGGCCAAAGAAGGCUUGUGA